AUGUGCAGAAGAGAUUCCAGGCUCCUGGUCCUCCUCCUUGAUUCAUGCACUUUGCCCAGGAGUUUGGCCAUGGAGAGCUGGGUCUGGCUCAUUGUACUUCUGGGCUGCUCUGCUGUAGCUGCAGGACUGAGCAGUGUUGUUGGAGUUGGGUCCCAUUGCGAAAAAGCAUGCAACCCUCGAAUGGGAAACCUAGCCCAUGGACGAAGAUUGUGGACAGAUACCACAUGUGGGCGCAACUCCACCGAGUUUUACUGUUCAUAUGGUGAGAAUGCGGACCUGACAUGCAAGCGGCCCAAGUGUGACAAAUGCAAUGCUGCUCACACCCAUCUGGCUCAUCCGCCCUCUGCAAUGGCCGACUCUUCCUUCCGAUUGCCUCGCACAUGGUGGCAGUCAGCUGAGGAUGUGCACAAGGAGAGGAUCCAGCUGGAUUUGGAAGCUGAGUUUUACUUUACUCACAUAAUCAUGGUGUUUAAGUCACCAAGGCCAGCAGCCAUGGUUCUGGAGCGAUCCCAGGAUUUUGGGAAAACAUGGAAGCCUUACAAGUAUUUUUCCACUAACUGUUCGGCAACUUUUGGCCUAGAGGACGAUGUGACAAAGAAAGGAGCAAUUUGCACUUCAAGAUAUUCAAGUCCCUUUCCUUGCACUGGGGGAGAGGUUAUAUACCGAGCUCUGUCACCACCUUAUUCGGCUGAGGAUCCGUACAGCGCUGAAGCUCAGGCACAACUGAAGAUCACCAAUCUUCGAGUGCAGCUGCUUAAGCGACAGGCCUGUCCCUGUCAGGGCAAUGACCUGAAUGCAAAGCCUCAGCAGUUCAUACACUAUGCAAUCUAUGAUUUUAUUGUAAAGGGAAGCUGCUUUUGUAAUGGCCACGCUGAUCACUGUGUACCUGUUGCUGGAUUUAUACCUGUCAAGGCGGCAGGAGUCUUCCAUGUGGUCCAUGGAAGGUGCAUGUGUAAGCACAAUACAGCAGGCCACCACUGUCAGCACUGUGCUCCACUCUACAAUGACCAGCCCUGGCAGGCUGCAAAUGGCAAAACUGGAGCCCCAAAAGAAUGUCGAUCAUGUAAAUGUAAUGGACAUGCUGACAUGUGUCAUUUUGACAUGGAUGCAUGGCUGGCCUCGGGGAAUCGCAGUGGUGGAGUCUGUGAUAACUGUCAACACAACACUGAAGGGCAGCAUUGCCAGCGUUGCAAGCCAGGCUUCUACCGAGAUCUCAGAAGGCCUUUCUCUGUCCCAGAUGCCUGCAAAUUGUGUUCCUGCCACCCAGUUGGAUCGGCCAUGCUUCCUUUCAGCACUAAUACCUUCUGUGAUCCCAGCAACGGUGACUGCCCCUGCAAACCUGGAGUGGCAGGUCCUCAGUGUGACCAGUGUAUGGUGGGAUACUGGGGCUUUGGAGAGUAUGGCUGCAGACCGUGUGACUGUGCCGGAAGCUGUGACCCACUCACUGGUGACUGCAUCAGCAGUGCGGACAUAGUCUGGCAUCACGAAAUUCCUGAUUUCCGCUCUGUGUUUAACGAGAGUGAGCCAGCUUGGGGAUGGGAGGACGAACAAGGAUUCUCUGCUCUCCGGCAUUCAGGUAAAUGUGAAUGCAAAGAACAAGUUUUAGGGAAUCCCAAGGUCUUCUGUGGAAUGAAAUACACAUAUGUGGUGAAAGCAAAGAUUUUAUCAGCUCACGACAAAGGCUCCCAUGCAGAAGUAAACGUGAAGAUCAAGAAAGUGUUGAAAUCAACAAAGUUUAAGAUUCUGCGAGGAAAGCGAACUCUCUACCCGGAAUCCUGGACUAACAGAGGCUGCACUUGUCCAAUUCUUAAUCCUGGCUUGGAAUACCUUGUAGCAGGGCAUGAGGAAGUACGGACUGGGAGACUGAUAGUCAAUAUGAAAAGUUUUGUCCACCAGUGGAAAUCAGAUCUUGGAAGAAAAGUCCUGGAGAUUUUAAAAAGAGACUGCAACUAG